AUGGCGUCCUCCUCCGAAUCUUUCCUUGCUCAUCUCGCCAAACUGCAAACUAAAAAGAGAAAAAGAUUAGAGUUGAUAUCCCAGUUAACUGCUAUAAAAGAAGUGUCUAUGCAGUAUGUUGAUCCAUGUCAGAUCGAAUCUGUGUUGUGUGUAAAACAUGGUCUCCACGUAACAGCACAGUUACAGCUGGCUUUGAAAAGUGUUCCUCCCAUUCUAUCAACAUCGGACAGAACAAAAUUACUGGACAUUAUUUUUAUAGGAUUGGGGCUCAAUUACUCCACAGAAGAAAAGAACUUGAUUGUAAGAGGAUUUGCACACGGGAAUAUAACAGCACCUGUAGAACAGUUUCUGUUCCUAUCACCUCCCGUUGAAAACUGCAUAAAAUGCAAUACUCGCUUGCUUUGUCACAACAAACCUAGCGAGGUAACAGUUUAUAAGCUUGACGGGGGAAACUGA